UAUUGACAAACAGUCAGCCUAUUUAUAGAAGUAGGACUUCUUCCAGUCUCCAUAUCACGUGAUCCUCUAUUUUGGAUUAACCUCGGCAACGUUGAGCCACUUUCCAAGGAAAAGUCUCCCCUUGUCACGUGACAAAAGCAAUUCAACUUUUUUUUCUCUUCUCUUUGGUUUAAUCUUAGUUUAGGCCUAUCCCACUCCCACAGUGAUGGGGCGGGUGACCGAGUCCGAGGCCUUAAAUUGAGAUAAUAUAAUAGGCUAGGGCUAGCUGCUGGCCUAGAACAAGACCAGACGUCGGAUCCUAAGUUGUUCUUGUCACCCGCUAGAUCUAUCUAAGUCUUAACGAAUCAUUCUGCCUUGUUCCAGUUUGCAGUUUGCCAAGUCUUGGCCAAGACUAAAACAGACGCAGAACACAGUGAUUUUAUUUUACCACCAGUCAGGCUGCCAGUUAUGAUGGAGGUAAUUCGGGUUCAAACUUCAAAACUGAUGCGUUUUCUUUGGCUUGCUUUGGUCAUCCUUAGCCUAGCCAUAGAUCUACCUUUCGCCGUGAAAGCGAAGCAGCUUCCUCUUGUCAUCAACACCUGGCCUGUUCCAUCGGCUACCGCCGAAGCUUGGAGCCAGAUUUCAAGAGGUAGCUCAGCAGUGGAGGCUGUAGUAAAAGGCUGCAGUAAAUGCGAAGAACUACAAUGUAGAGGGUCGGUUGGUUAUGGAGGGAAACCGGACGAGCAUGGAGAAACCACCUUGGAUGCAAUGAUUAUGAAUGGAGCCACCAUGGAGGUUGGGAGUGUUGGGGACCUGAGACGUAUCAAGAAUGCAAUCGGAGUCGCUCAUGCUGUCAUGAUGUACUCCAAGCAUACGCUCAUUGUGGGAGAAUCUGCCAAAGAGUUUGCCAAGGGGAUGGGCUUUGUGGAAGAAGAUCUAUCAACAAACAAAUCUUUUAAUGACUGGAGGGCGUGGGAGAGGAACAACUGUCAGCCAAACUUUAGAAAGAAUGUGGUUCCUGAUCCUACUUUGCACUGUGGCCCCUACAGACCUGCGGAGAAUGUUUCUAGCUCUGGCAAUCACGAUAUUAUGGACACUGGACCUGACAACCAUGACACUAUCGGGAUGGUCGUUGUGGAUAGCAAGGGCAAUGUGGCAUCUGGCACCUCGACCAAUGGUUUGAAUCACAAAAUACCUGGGCGAGUGGGCGACUCCCCUAUCGUGGGAGCGGGUUCUUAUGCCAGUAAUGCAGGGGGUGGCGCAGCUGCCACUGGGAAUGGGGACAUCAUGAUGAGGUUUCUUCCCAGUUUCCAUGCGGUUAUGGAAAUGGAAAAAGGGGCAUCACCCAGGGAAGCAGCGACCUUGGCCUUUUCCAGAAUGACGAAGUUCUACCCAGACUUUUCAGGGGCCAUCAUUGCCGCAAACACAAAGGGUGAAUAUGGUGUUGCUUGCUAUGGCUAUGAGUCACACACGUUCUGCGUUCAGUCUCCAGCUGAUUCGAAAGUGGAGAUGGUUACUGUAUUAUGUUUGCAAAAACAAGGGAACAGUUCAGAUCGCGGAACAGUGUACACUGUGCUUGUUAUUGUUUCUUCGCUGAUGAGCUUAGUUUCCCUAUUUUGAUUGCCUGACUUCUAAAUAAUUCAAAUUGUGUCAAUUAGCUUGUAAGGUUAUCAUUGAAAGUGCUUGAAAUGUUUAUUAGGUUGUGAGCUUUAGUAAAUGAUACUUCUAUACAGUUGAGCACGGAUAUUUCAAAACAAAUUGGGGGUUGGCAAAUGUGUUUAACAUGUUUGUAAUUCAAGUAACAGGUGUUAAUCAAAACUAA